GACGAACCCCAGGUCCAGGGCCAGAGCCAAGAGGUAGAGGUGGGGGUGGAAAUGGACAACACACGCGAUUUCGCAGCGAAUGGUGGCCGGAUGGACACGGCGCAAGACCUCAAUGCACCCACUGCAUCAGAUGCGCAGCCUACAGAUGCGCCAACGGCAUCGAAAAAGAACUCGGGCCUCGGAUUUCUCAAGUAAGGAUGUGCAAGCUCUUUUGUAUUCCUGCUGCUGAAAUUUUCUGUCCAUGUUUCGUCAAUCGCGCCUUCAUAACCACGGUAUCGCAUUCUGCUCAUAGAACAAAUCCGCUUACUUAUAACAGCUACCUAACAUCGCCAAUUGUCGAAAUCAUUGUUGGCCAGGGAGAAAAUGAAACCACGUUGACAGCUCACCAAACUCUGCUACUAGAGUCGCCUUUUCUUGCAGAGACGGUUAACAAAUUCAGCGAAACUGAACCGCGGCGUAUUGAACUCCCUGAUGAGCACGUGGGCGCUUUUGGGUGUUUUCUGCAAUUCCAAUAUACGCGCGACUAUACUUCGAGACCGACUGAGGGACAAGAUGCAAAGGACUCCGAUGACAGCGGGGAACAAUUAUUGAAGCAUGCGCGAGUUUACACCUUAGCAGAGAAGCUUGGGAUACCGGCAUUGAAGGUACUCGCUCACACCAAGAUUCACCGUGUCAAUAGUACCCCCCGCGGUGAAAUUGAAUAUGCCCGCUAUGUCUACACGCACACUUCUGUGGAUGAUGUCACGCUCCGCAAACCUAUCGCCAAUUUCUGGGCCACCAGAAGCCAUGUUUUGCGACAUGGCGUGGAAGGAGAAUUCAAGAGGCUGUGUCUUAAUGUACCCGAGUUCUCUUAUGACGUUCUCGCGCUCGUACUCGAGAACAAAGAAAAACGUGGUCAAGACAAUAAUAAGACUGAAUUGAACGAAACAUAGUCAUUUUUGCACUACUGGAAAGGCAUUUUUUAUCUGGGACCUCAGGUGGGGUUUGAAUUGGUCUGUAAGUAGUAAUCAACCUUUUCCCACGGAUAAUUAGGCUAUAGAUGUAACUACUUAGCACCAUGAACGUCUAAAUUUGUACUAAGGGCUGAAAAUUAAAUCAUGCAACAUGUUGGAUAUCGACUGGGUUAUAAUCGUUAGUAUACCAUUUUACA